ACAGAACCACCAGCAACAUGAAGUUUCUGUUCAUUCUGUCCGCUGUUCUUCUUGCCACGGCCCAGGACAACUUCUUCGGUCAAGGUUUCACCAACAUCUUCCAGACCCUUGGACAGAGCAUCGUGCACCAACUGGACACGACUGGAGUUCAACUUCUAAAUGCAAGCGUUACAGCAGGGAAGACCCUUAUAUCUCAAGGAAUUCAAGCCCUUGCUCUGAAUAAUGCAAAUGCUCUUGGAAAAUCAUCUCAAGACAUACAGCUUCCUCCCAUGCUCCAGAACGUGGAGUCCUCCCUCCACAAUGUUGUGGACACUCUGAUGGGUGAGAUGAAGAACGUGUUCGGCUACCUGGUCCAGGGUCUGCAGGGCGUCAUGGACAAGCUGACCAAGCUGGCGAUCACCCCCCGAGGAGGUCAUCAGUGAAGUCGACAAGCUAGUCAACAACCACAAACUUUUUGCUGAUGCCUUCUUAAGGUCCACCAGGGACAAGGCUGAUGAGGUCAUCUCCAGCCUCACCAAGAGCAGGAGGAACGCCUUCACAGACUUCUUCGAAUCCUUAAAACCAACGAUUGCUACUACAGCGGGAGGUGCAAUCAAGUGCGGGGCUACUAACCUCCUCCAAAAAGCCAAAGACUCCGUCGCCCAACUGGGACAGAAGCUCCAACCCCACAUCGAAGACAUCGGCACCCAGCUCGGCACCCUCGUCAUGCACGGCUCUAACGCCAUGAACGCCUUGAAGCAAGCUGGCAGCGACAUCCUUCAGCAAAUCCUCACCAACAUGACGGAGCCCGCUAACAAGAUUGCCCAGACCGUCGUAGAUGCUGGACAAACCGUCGUCGGCCACAUCGGUGGGGCUCUCCUUGGCACCAACACCGACCCCGCCACCACAACCGUUGCCCCCUUGCACAUAGUCAGUUAUCAGUUGUGGAAUAAAUAACAAUGCCUACUGC